CGGCUUCCGGGCUUUGUGCGCCAGGGCCUCCACCUCCCACUUUCCCUGGGCCCUUCCUUCUUCCGCCCGCCCCGAAGACCACGCCAGACCCUGGGUCUUGAAGCCAGGCAGUGGCCUCCAUGCUGCUGGAAGAAUCGGGGACUGAGCGGUCCAACAUCUUGAAAAAAUGCCGGGACUAAGUUGUAGAUUCUACCAGCACAAAUUUCCUGAAGUAGAAGAUGUGGUAAUGGUGAAUGUACGAUCCAUUGCUGAAAUGGGAGCUUAUGUCAGUCUAUUGGAAUACAACAAUAUUGAAGGCAUGAUUCUUCUUAGUGAGCUGUCUAGAAGACGUAUCCGCUCCAUUAAUAAACUCAUCCGAAUUGGCAGAAAUGAAUGUGUGGUUGUCAUUAGAGUGGACAAAGAAAAAGGCUAUAUUGAUUUGUCAAAAAGAAGAGUUUCUCCAGAAGAAGCAAUCAAAUGUGAAGACAAAUUCACCAAAUCCAAAACUGUUUAUAGCAUUCUUCGCCAUGUUGCUGAGGUGUUAGAGUACAGUAAAGAUGAGCAGCUGGAAAGCCUGUUCCAGAGAACUGCCUGGGUCUUUGAUGACAAAUACAAGAGACCAGGAUAUGGUGCCUAUGAUGCAUUUAAACAUGCAGUCUCAGACCCUUCAAUUCUGGAUGGGUUGGAUUUGAAUGAAGAUGAGAGGCGAGUGCUUAUUGAUAACAUAAAUAGACGCCUGACACCACAAGCUGUCAAAAUUCGAGCUGAUAUUGAAGUGGCUUGUUAUGGUUAUGAGGGUAUUGAUGCUGUAAAAGAAGCUCUGAGAGCAGGUUUGAAUUGUUCCACAGAAAACAUGCCCAUCAAGAUUAACCUAAUAGCACCUCCUAGAUAUGUUAUGACUACUACAACUCUAGAGAGAACAGAAGGACUCUCUGUUCUCAAUCAGGCUAUGGCUGUCAUCAAAGAAAAGAUUGAAGAAAAGAGGGGUGUCUUCAAUGUUCAAAUGGAGCCCAAGGUGGUUACAGACACAGAUGAAACUGAGCUUGCAAGACAACUGGAGAGGCUUGAGAGGGAAAAUGCUGAGGUGGAUGGAGAUGAUGAUGCUGAAGAAAUGGAAGCCAAAGCUGAAGAUUAAGUUUUUGGGGAAAAGAGUCCAACUGGAUGGAGAAAUGCAGACCAGCCCUUCCUGGCUUAGACACCCUAGACUUGGAAGUUUUCCAGUGCUGAAAACUUCAAAAGCUAAAUAUUUUGUAUUUCAAAGUAUUUAAAUGUUUCAACAGGCCAGCAUAUGAAAUGCUUUCCCAAAUGCUGGUUACCUUCACAUAUUGAGUUCUUUUAAAGGGAGUGGCCUAAUUUCACUAGAGACUAAAACCUCACAUUCUGAGAUUAGCCACACAAUCAGGUCUGAGGUUUUCCAUCUCUACUUCCAAUUGGCAGUGCCACCCCCCAACUCCCAAUUUAGUGCCUCUUUGAAAUUUACCAGGAGCACCAAAAGCAAACAAUCCCAAUCUUUCUACAUUCAGUGUAUUCAAGCAGAACAUUCAAUAAAUUUCUGGGAUAUUUAA